AUGCCCGCUCCAUCUGGCGCUUCCAGACACGCUGCCGCGGCAUUCUUCUGCAAGCAGCGGCUGCAGGGCAGGCGAGUAGCACUAUGGUUACUGCUGUCCCUCAUCCUUUACAAAGUGUCUUCGCGCUGGUGCUGCUGCUACGUGCACACACAGCGCUACCAGGCAGCACAAGGCGCUGUGCCAUCGAUUCCAGGCCGAAGAGAGGCCGUUGUGGCAGGUGCGCUUCUGCCUCUGCCAGUGAAGGCAGAGGUUUCAUCCAACACGGCGGUGGGUGGUGAUCGCGUUGUUCUGAAAGGAGGCUUGCCAUUUCCGAAGGCAUCGUUCGGCUUGCAGGUUUACAGCGAUGAGACGGCGGAGCGGCUCACACAAAUGGCCAUCGAUGUCGGGUACCGAAACUUCUUUGCCUCUGUGCUUGCUGGGAACCAGAAGGGCUUUGCGCGCGGGGUCAAAAAGUCGGGUAUUCCGAGGGAGGAGCUCUUCAUCUGUGGAUCAGUGGUGAGCCAGUUGGCGCAGGAUUUUGAAGACGCGUACCUAGCCACGAAAAAGGGCUGUGCUCAGAAUUUGGAAGCUUUUGCUGAAGGCGGAAUCACAGAGCUGGACAUGAUCAUGUUGGACUAUCCAGCCAAAGAUUGUGAAACCAUCCGGGGACAGUGGAAAGCUUUCGAGGAAAUGCUGGCAGCCGGCCAAACCAAGAGCUUGGCUGUGAGCAAUUUCUCACCAGAGCAGCUGGAUUGUAUCUUUGCAGACUCCGAUGCAACUCCUCCGGUCCUCAAUCAGCUCCCAUAUUCUUUGAAGAGCUACGAUGACAAAGCAGUGCGUGAGAAUGGCAAGCGUGGCAUCCUGGUUCAGGCCUGGGGUCCACUCGGCUCAGGGAGCCUGGGAAUCAGUGCAUCGAAGUUGGCCGAGGACAUCGGCCAGAAGUAUGGCAAGACUGCAGCCCAAGUGGCACUGCGAUGGAUUGUGCAAACAGGGGCAACGUUCACGACCCAGUCAAAGAACAAGGACCACUUGAAAGAAGACUUGCAGAUCUUUGACUUUGCCUUAACUGACGAGGAGGUUCUCCAGCUAAGUGACCUGAGCACGAGCCUUGCAGGACGUGUCAGUGCUUUGGCAGACGUGGUGGUGCCAGUCGGCGGGGCGGUGGGUGGAGCGCUCUUGAUCUCUGCUGUCCUGGAUUCCAUGGACUCAACGAAACCACAGAACGAAGCAGCUGAUGUGAAGAAAGCUACUUCGACAGAGCCGGGCCGGGAAAGAACGAAGAAAGUCAAAGAGGACGAGGAUGACGACGAUGAUGAUGGCGCUUUGUAG